AGAUCCUUGAGAGUAUACUACAAAUCGUUUGCUAUGGACAAGUCAAUACUCUACUAGAAGUCCCUCGUUCCGAUAUGCUCCCAUUAUGACGCCACUACUAGUACUCGUUUGAUCCUACGGCCAUCAAAGUCGACGUACGAUACACGCACUUCCAUCAUGACAUUACGACUUGACGAUCAAGACGACCCUUUCGGAGGAUCUCGCAUGACUACACCUACGAAAGAUGUACGUGCCAACAGGAUACAAGCUCAACGACCAGACUCGGCGUUUUCGAAGGCCAUGAUGUCACCCGCUGUGGAAAGGGUAGUUGAUGGAGAGGGCAGGCCAGGAGGGCAAUCGCAAUUGCAAGGGAGACUGUCGCCGAUGAUGAAGAGGGCUUUAUCGCCAGAUAGCAGUCGUCAGGGCUACAGCCAUUACCGCGAACAGCGACCGACCAGUCGAUCGGAUUUGCCUCUGAGCUCAUCGGCAGAUCAACGCAGCGCAUCAAGAUCGGGUUAUUGGGAACAAGCAGAACGAUCGUAUACCACACCCACGAAGAGCUCGUUUGAUACCGAUGCUCCUAGAUCGCAAGCGCAGUUGCACGACCUUUCCGGCCCGGGUGGAUUACCUUACAUCCCUCGCGACGAUUCGGACUUGGGAGCUAGUCCUAGUCGAAGGAGCACGCUCGAAGGGGAAGGAGCGAUCGGAUGGCCUAGUCCGCCGAAAGAUUGGGCGAGCACGGAUAGGUUGGUCGCCAAGAGUCAAGGAGGUCCGAUCACCGUUGCUCCUGGAGUACCGAUAUCAUUGGUCCAGGCUCUCGGAUUCGGCUCGUCGGGGGACAUUGCCCAGAAUCAAUCUGAGGCAAAUACCAGUGAUGGUUGGGAAGGAACCCCCUCGUUUCGGCAUCGGCCGAUGUCGUCCGAUUCGACGUAUCGUACCAGUAUACAUCAGUACCCACCACACACGCGAACAGACUCGGCAUUUCCGACCGCACCACGUCUGAUUGACCUGAAUCGACCGUCGACGCACGGCAGGCCUUUUGCCGACUUGGAUCCUCAGCUCCCCCGUCGGGAUGUGGGCGUCACAGCGGGUCCAGCUUACGGCUCGAGCUCGGAGCCUUACCGCCGCAAGACGUCCACCAGGAAAUACAAACGCCUCGAAUCCCAACCCCUUCAAUCUACGACCUACUUCGCUGAAGGCCGAUUGUUGACAGGAGGAGAUUCGAUCUUGCCUCUCAUCGGGUCAUUCAUCAUCGUGCUCGGUCUCGGAGGUCUGUGGUUGGGUACGACCGGAGUGUGGAUGUGGAGAGAUGGUUUGGGUGGCGGAGGCGCAGGUGCAGGUGGAAAGGCGGCGGUGAUCAUCUUUGGGUACUUACUGGGGACUUGUGUGGGUGCCAUGAUUGCCACGGCGUUUCGAGAUCCAGGCAUUCUACCUAGGAACCUCGACCCAACCUUCCCCGUGUCCCAUACCUCUUCGACAGGAACAUUAGUUCCCUAUACCCGGGAUCUGCGUGUAAAGAACGGGACCGUGACGGUCAAGUACUGCGAGACGUGUAAACUCUACAGACCGCCACGGAGCAGUCAUUGUCGCUUGUGCGGAAACUGUGUCGAGGGGAUCGACCAUCAUUGUUCCUACCUGCACAACUGCGUAGGUAAACGGAAUUAUAGCAGCUUCAUCUCGUUUCUCAUCACCGCCGUCCUAGGCGUCAUCUACACGAUCGUCUUCUCGGCGAUUCACUACCGAAUAAUGACGUCGCGGCGGAACAUAUCCUUUGGAGCCGCUCUGCGGGACAGUCCGGGAAGCGCGGUCAGUUUCGCCAUAGGUGUAAUCAUUGUUUGGCCGGUGAUGGCCUUGCUGGCGUAUCAUCUCAGGUUGAUGUUCCUCAAUUCGACCACGAUCGAGCAGAUCCGUAAAUCGGAGUCUCGGGGCCUCAUCCCGACCGGCGGUGCACCUCCUAGCAACGUCUUUGCCUACUCUUCUCACCUGAAAAACUUUUUCCAUUCGGCCUGUCGGGCGCAAUCGUCCAGUUGGGUCGAUGCGAGCGGGUGGGAGGUGGACGAUGGACGGUUGAUCAAUCCGGGGGUCGUGCAGGCUUGGGAGGAGAGUAGGAGGGGUACGGUCAAGGACGUUUGAGGGUUGCAUGGUUGACGGUCGAAGGUGGUUGUGAACAGGACUAUGAUGACUAUUUUUGUAUCAAACUCGACGAAUCAUAAUGAAGAGCAAGUAUCAUAAUCCUCGAC